UCAAUGACACGUUGGAUGCGAGACAAUCAGCUCAUUGCGUGACGAAAUGCUAACUGUCAUGCAUUCUUCAUCCCCUCACAGGGGGCAAGCAGAACUAAUGACGUCACACAUACUCUCAUUACGGGUGAACUGAUCUUUGAAACCCUUAGAAUCAUGUUCAACCACAACCCCGAUUCCAUUGGCACUAACAUAAAAGAAGAAAGACAAGAACAGAUUGGCGUGUUGAAACUCGAUCAGUCAUGUCGUUCUCUCCUCCUUCAGAAAUUUCCGUGACAUCUCGCCAGAUCCCCAAAUGGGGUGGCAUUCCCAACACCUCGAUCCAGUCUAAGCCACUCAUGAUCUACCACAAAGCUUUUAACGCGUCCGCUAACGAUCUCGCGGCGCACCUGGAGAAAAUUGGCGAGGUCAGACCACAGUGGGUCUAUUCCAUGUACAGUCAAACGCACUUUCACAGCACCACUCACGAGGUGCUGGGUGUGGUUUCCGGCCGUGCACGGCUUUGCUUCGGUGGGGAAGCGAACCCCGAACGCUUCGAGCCGACCGUCGAAAAAGGAGAUCUGAUUAUCGUGCCCGCCGGCGUCGGCCACCGGCUGCUGGAGGAGCUCGGCUCUGACCAGGGUGACCCUUUCCAGAUGGUUGGCGCUUAUCCGCCCCAGAAACAAUGGGAUAUGUGCUAUGGUGACUCAAGGGAGGAAGACAAGGUUUCGCGGAAUAUCCAUGCCUUGAGUUGGUUCCACAGCGACCCCUUGUGUGGCCAGGAUGGGCCUGUGCUGCACGUUUGAAGGAUUCCUUGGGAUAGAUUUUUCGAGCGAUAACAGCGGCCGUGGAUUCUUUACCAUCAAGAUUUCAUAUGUACAUAAUGUUCUUAUCGUAUAUGCACAGUGAUCGUGUAAUCCAAAAAAAAAAAAAAAAGAAAUCAGGUUUUCCCUUUCCGACCCAAGGCUUUGAAACUCCAACCGACCACCACGACAAACAUAAAACUCCAUAACUAAGCUCACGAAGCAAGGAUAUAGCGCCAAGUA